UAAAUUGUAUUUUUUAUUUAAUGCAUGUUAGUUAUAAGUUGUAAUGUUUUGAAAAGAUGUGUCCCGACGAGUUUCUUGCCGGUCCCAUAUUGGGAUACCCUCCCACAAUUUAGGAGUGAUUAAAUCUUCUCGGGUCUGAGGUGUAGGGUUAGAGCCGGUGUAGCUUUAUUUUAUGUUCUUAAGCGUGUAAUACGCCUACUUGGAAAGUAAACUAUCUUUAUCUUUAUUAGUUUUUAGCCUUGUUUUGGACAAUAACAAAGGAAAAAUAAUUAUUGAAACCAAAAUUUCGAAAUCGCCAAUUACCAUGGUAAUUAACCAGUGUUACCCAAAUACCGCGGAUGGCGGUUCCUAUUUAAGAGGGUGGAUAACCUAUCGCAUUAUUAGUUCCGUAAUUAUGAUAUUUAUUAUUUAUCUGACAAUAAUCGAUAAAAAAUAGUAGGUAUUUAUAUUCAAUCUGCCUUAUAUGACUUCAUUAAUGAAUUUAAAAUAAAAAUAGUAGGUUCCAUUAACGCUAAACUAAACAUCGUGGGUUACCCUUUACGAGCAAGUGUGAUGCUGAUGAAAUUCGUGUUUAAUUUAUUACAGUAGAUAGGCAAGUAAAUACUUAAUUAUUUGAUUCGGACGUGGAGGGCAAGUUGCGCCUAAAAGUUAAAGCUAUUGCAAUUAUAUAUUCUACAUAAUAUAUGAUACAAGAUCUGUGUAAGUCAAUGUUAACGUUGUAUGUUUGUGUAAGUAUCUAUGUUGUUAUUAAAAUAAGACAAAAUAUAUUUUAUUUAAAGACUUUUAAAUUUAAUUUAAUUUAAAGGUCCCUUUCGUCAUAGCAAAAAAUGUUCUUAAACGCAAAUGGUCGCGAUGGUCACGAGUUCGAAUCCCAGUAAUAUAUUUUUCUAUAUACGUAUGUAUAUCGUCGCCUAGUACCCAUAGUACAAGAUUGAUCUGUGUAAGAUUACCCCCAAAUAUGUAUUUAUUGAUUUAUAGAUGUGGUGGGUUAUAAUAGGCAUCGUGUUAUGCACGCUCGGGCGCAUGGGAGUCCAGGCGCGUUGCCCCGCGUCUGCACUCGCGUCCUUUCCCCUCGUGUUGGAGUACGCGGUGUGGAGGGGCUGGCAUCAGGCCAUCAUCUACACGCCAGACCUAGAGCACGAUUGCCAGUGGGCUACAGUGCGUCUAAUGAAAUGUUUGAGCGUGAACGGAAUCGCAGCGGCGGCCGAUGUGAUCGACCGCGUUCACGUACAAAUCGGUGUCGGGAUUGUCAUCCUGGCACCGCGGUUGCAGCGAAAUGCCAGCGUGGCACUGGCUAAACUUAUUACACAGCUCCACUCAAUGGACAUGAACACGGCGUCCUUCGACUGGUUUGUAGUCAGUAGGUCCAUCGAGGACAUACACCACAUCAACGGAAUAAUGAAUGCGACUUCUAUACGUUUCGACCAAAAUAUUGUAGCUUCCUUUCCAAAUGCCAAUUAUAGGCCUAGAUUACGCUUGCUACAAAUUUGUGAUGGCAAUUUCCUAUACAAAUCGGCAACUAAACCUACUAAUCGGAGACGUAACUUUUUACCGAGAAAGCAAUAUUACUACAACAAUUGCCGACACGCACAUCGCUAUGAUCAAAACUGCAACAAGACGGAGUAUGAGAGAAAUUAUUAUCGAACAUCUGAAAGGUUUAGAAAUUUAACCCGAAACCAAACUUACAAGAAACAGGGGGGCAUUUACCCGCUGUUCCAAUCAGGAGUUUUAAAUUACAAUUUCUCUCGGACAUUUGAUAUGGUGAACAUAAGUAAAUUCUUUGUCACUAGAGAAUUUAACAAGUGGGUCAGAGCGAACAAUGUUAAUCGAGGGAUUGAAGGAAUACACUUGAUCCAGUACUUCAAAGUGCGGACCAAUUCAACUCUGUACGCUUUCUUUUUAGGCGACUGGGACCCAGACCACUCGAUGUCCCGUGUGGAGUCUCCAUACCCCGUGGAGGCGCGGAACUUUCAAGGCGAGGAACUAGUCGUUGGUCGGUGCAACUCGAGCGGCGAUGGUGCGGCGGCCGGCGAUGACGACGGACCCUCGGCGCCAGCAUUACUUGAUGAUGUUCUGCAUUUCCUUACGUACAGGAUAAAUGCUUCGUGUUCGACGAGAUAUUACAGCAAGCUAGGGUUCCGAAGCUACGAAGGCGCGUGGACGGGUCUCCUCGGCGCGCUGACCGAACGCUCGGUAGACAUCGCUCUAGAACCGGUCACGGUCCACGCGCCACGCUACCAAGACAUGGACUUCAUCUUCCCUAUUGCCGAAACCAUGUGCAACAUUUACAUCCGGCAUCAGGAAACAUCAACGGUGCGAGACAUCUUCUUGGCACCGUUCAGUGCGCGCCUCCUAGCCUGUGUGCUGGCAGUGGCGGUGGCGGCUUCCAUCGUCGUCGUACUUAUUAGCAGAGCUACCUCCAACCCGAACGACUCUAGGCCCAUGGAGUAUACUGAGGCCUUUGUGUGGACUACGGGGAUUCUUUGUCAACAAGGCGGCUCAUGGACUCCGCCAGCGCCGGCUGCCAGCGUGCUCCUCAUCGUGUGUCUCCUCUUCGCCGUGGUGACGUACAACGCGUACGCGGCGUUCAUCACGUCCGUGCUGUCCGUGCGCGUCGCUAGCGUCGACACCGUGGCCGCCGUCUUACACUCGCCUAACUUCAAAAUCGGAUAUAUAAAGAAUGGAGCGGACCAGGCGUAUCUCAUGUCGACAAAAGACUCCCAAUUGAAUGCGUUUUACAUCCGGGGGUAUUCGGAUGCAGAGAAUCUGGUGUCUUCGGCUGAGGAGGGACUCGCGCGCGCCGCUAGGCUGGACUACGCUUUCUUCGCUGGGCAGCGCGCCGCGCGAUCCACACUCAAGUCGUUGAGCCAGGCGCGAGGGCGCUGCGCUCUGCGUGAGCUAGCGGUACCAUCCACGCGAGCACACCUCGCGUUCCCGCUGCCUCUUCGCUCGCCCUACGCGCGCCCUACGCUCGUCAGUUUGCUGUUGUUGCGGAGCGGUGGAGCGAUGGCGCGGUUGCAGGCGGCGCUGGUGCCGGGCAUGCCGCGCUGCGCUCCGCCACCCGGCUUCGCCUCCGCGCGCGCCACCGACGUGCGUUCUGCGCUCAUCCUCCUCGUUAUUGGGCUCGUCACUGCCCUUUUAUUAGGCAAGUUCAGUAGACGCUUAAGUAGACCGUGUGGCGCGGCGCCCAUGUUUACACAUAUAGGUACUUAACGUACGCUGCUCAAAUCUAUUGGAAGCUUGACGCCACACUGCACGCUCCGCGAAACGCGCUGAUGAACGCUCUCUACUGGAGCCGAACACAAACGCGCUAAUUAAAAAUAAAAUAUAUUAGUAAAUAUUAUGAGACAAUCUUACACAAAUCGACUAUGCCCUACUGUGUGUACUGUAUAAGGCUUGUGUUUUGGGUACUGGACGUUGAUAGAGUCUGAGGGCGUACCGCGAACCACGUUCGACGUGUUGCCUCUCUGUCGCUCUUGUAAAUUCGUACGUAAGUGUGACAGGGAGGCAACACGUCGAACGUGGUUCGCGGUAGGCCUUCUGUGCGGAAAGAGAAGAGUCGUAGAAUGUAUGAGGUUCAAUACAUUCCACGACUCUUCUCUUUCCGCACAGACCUUAUACAUAGUUCAAUGAUAUUUUAAACGUCAAACUUCUAUGAAAUUAUGUUGCGUAAAUAACACUUGCACGUCUGUGCUAUAUAUAACAAUCGCUGUCUUAACUACCAGAGCAUAAUUAUUUUUUCGGGCGGUAAUGUGUUUCGUAUAUCAUGGUCACUUUUUUUAUCACGUCGGUUGCACACAAGCAUACGAUCCGCCUGAUGGUAAGCAGUCACCGUAGCCUAAAACCUGUACACUUUCUUUUAAGAACCCCAUACUGUAGCCCCUCAGGAAAACCUCGGCAGGGAGCUCACUCCACGGCCGAAGCGUCCGCGGGAGGAAAUUUCUCUUAAACCGCACAGUAAGCGACCAUUUAGGUUCUAGGGUGUGGGAAUGAGCACCCUGCCGACGGCGAGCGGUGCGGUGAUAGAAAGCGGCCGUUGGCAUGAUGUCAAAAAAUUCUUCAGAGCAUAGCCUAUUGUACCUACUCCUCUAAAGUCUCUCCUUAGACUUAAAGGUUCAAUACCGCUUGUGAGUUUUGAGUGAUUCGAUUCGUGACGAUGCGACGUUUUGAGUUAAAACAAAGUAGUGAUACAUUGCAUUGCUUGCUGAAUUAUUUGCCAUGGAAUUAAAUUCGUCAAUUCUUUUGUAAAACCUAUGAAGGUGAGUUCAUACAGCGUAAACUAACUACCCUUUGAUUAUGUGGUCAUAUCAGAAAUAAAUGUCGUCCUUUCAGACUUAAUGUAUUACACUCCUAUUUUGAAUGCUGGUAUGGUAUUAUUUUUUUAUAAUUGCUAAUUUUUUUCCAAAAUUCCGUUUCAGGUAUGGGUGAAUACUUUUGGAAAAAUCGCAAACAGUUCCAAAAGCUUACCGCCCGCAGCUUCGGACAAAUACUAAAUCGGAUCAGAAUUGGUUAGAUUGGUGGUUUCGAAAAUAUAUCUAUUGUAUGCGGUUGGUUUAAGUUAAUAAUUGAUGUCAAUGAUAGGUACAUUAAUUGCCUAGAUGGAAUAGCCUGUGUGUGUAACGUCAUGCAUGUGUAGGUACUGCACACAUCCCUAUUAUGCAAUUGACCAUUAACCAUUAAAAAUUAAACCGUAAGCUGUAACCGUUUGUUACGUGUCCCCAGAUCGGGUAAGAGUUGUAGUUAUAAUAAAUUUAGUUGCUUGUAA